AUGACCAAUCUUCCUUCCGAGCCUGAAUUUGAGCAAGCGUACCAUGAACUCGUUUCCAGCCUCGAGAAUUCGUCGCUCUUUGAGAAGAACCCAGAGUACAAGACAGCCCUCAAGGUCUGCUCCAUCCCUGAACGCAUAAUACAAUUUCGAGUGGUGUGGGAAGACGACAAGGGCGAACUCCAAGUGAACCGGGGAUACCGUGUACAGUUCAACUCCGCGCUUGGUCCCUACAAAGGCGGCCUCCGAUUUCAUCCUACCGUGAACCUUUCGGUCCUGAAGUUUUUGGGGUUCGAGCAGAUCUUCAAAAAUGCCCUCACGGGUUUGAACAUGGGAGGUGGAAAAGGUGGCUCGGAUUUCGAUCCCAAGGGCAAAUCAGACAAUGAGAUCCGCAGGUUCUGUGCGUCUUUCAUGAGCGAGCUCGGAAAGCACAUUGGUGCCGACAUCGAUGUUCCUGGUACUUGGGGCGGCUCUCUCAUCCGACCAGAGGCCACAGGUUAUGGUGUUGUCUAUUAUGUUGAGCACAUGAUCAAGUAUGCCUCUGGUGGCACCGAGUCGUUCGCAGGCAAAAGAGUCGCCAUCUCCGGCUCCGGCAAUGUGGCGCAAUAUGCUGCCCUGAAAGUGAUUGAGCUAGGUGGGACUGUCGUCUCCCUCAGUGACAGCAAAGGAGCCAUCAUCGCCACCACGCCACAGGGCAUCGACCCAGAGAUGAUUGAAAUCAUUGCGAAACUCAAGGUCGACCGGAAACAGCUGUCCGAGGUCGCUGAGACCUCCACAUUCAGCAGCAAGGUCAAAUACAUCGACGGUGCGCGACCGUGGUUGCACGUGGGACAAGUCGAUGUGGCCCUUCCUUCGGCGACGCAAAACGAAGUAUCUGGUGAGGAGGCUGAGGGUCUCAUCGCAGCCGGAUGCAAAUUUGUGGCUGAAGGCAGCAACAUGGGCUGCACAAAGGCUGCGAUCGACGCGUUUGAGGCUCAGAGGAACUUCAAAAAGGAGAAGUGGGUGUGGUAUGCCCCCGGAAAGGCUGCCAAUGCAGGUGGUGUGGCGGUCUCAGGUCUCGAAAUGGCCCAGAACUCUGCACGCAUCAAGUGGACGGCGGAAGAGGUGGACGAGAAGCUCAAGUCCAUCAUGAAGAACUGCUUCGAGAACGGCCUGCAGACCGCCAAGACGUAUGUUACACCAAAGGAGGACGAAUUCCCCAGCUUGAUGGCCGGCAGCAACAUCGCUGGAUUUACCAAGGUCGCGGCAGCGAUGAGAGACCAAGGCGACUGGUGGUAG